AUGGAGACCACCUUCGACCUCCCAGAUUCUACGGACUGGAUAGCGACAGCCCUCCCUGCAUUCGAACCGCUAGAAGCAGCCUUGCGCUGCGAGAUGUGCAAGGAGUUCUACAUGAACCCUGUCAUUACAUCAUGUUCGCAUACAUUUUGCUCGCUAUGUAUAAGACGGAGUAUCGCUGCAGACGGAAAAUGUCCUAGCUGCAGGACAACAUUGUCGAGCGACAAACUGGCGCCGAACAUUGCCGUGAGGGAGGUCGUCAUGCGCUUCCAAGAGGCGAGACCAAAAGCCCUCGAGCUGGCGCGUGCAGACAAAGAGCAAGAGACUGGGAUAGAGGCUGGCAACAACAAGAAGAGGAAGCUGGAAGACACGGAUCUGGAAGACGGCGAAGAUGUGAGGCAGACGAGGUCGCGGCAGACACGGCGCACUCGGCGCAAUGCGGGCUCGAGCGAUGCGCCUGUGGAGAUAGCAGACAGUGGGGACGAUGGCGACGGAGACUUUCUGCCUGAGGGUAUAGCGAAGUGUCCGAUCUGUAACGAGGCUAUGAAGCAGGAGCUGGUCUUCAACCAUUUGGACGUCUGCACAGGGCAGAGCGCAUCUCAAGGGCGCAGCACACGGUCAAAAACCAAGAACCCAUUUCCUGGGGCCUUGCAGAGACGGCAGAAAGAACCCUCACCCCCACCAGCGCGCCAAUCACAACUCAACUAUGCGAUGAUGAAAGAAGGCGCACUGCGCAAGAAGCUACAAGAGAUUGGGAUACCAAGCUGGGGAAGCAAGGACCUUAUGAAGCGACGGCAUAUCGAGUGGCUGAACAUCCACAAUUCGAAUUGUGAUGCAGACGAAAGUGUACGGAAAAGGAAAAAGCAGCUAGUGAAAGAGCUGGAAGAAUGGGAAAACACACAAGGCGGAAGAGCAGACACCAAAGAGAGCAAGGUCAUGAGAAAAGACUUCGACGGUAGUGGGUAUGCGAAAUCCCACAAAAGCGACUUCGACGACCUGAUCGCCCAGGCACGAAAGCAACGCGCUGCGCCAAAGUCAGAGGAUGACAAGGAGACAAAUGGGAAUGCAGAUGGGGUCGCACAAAAAGACCCUCAUCCACACCCUGAGUCGCUUCUCUCGAUGCCAGAUACGCCUAUCAGUACCGAGCAAAAACCUCAAUCGAUACGACAGAACGGGGUCGAACCGCAGGGUCUCUACAACCAUGGAUCAGAGCUGGGAACGCGUCAGGACGGCGCAGAAUUCGCAAAUCAUGCAGAAGCUAAUUCGACAUCGGAACCGGUGGAGUCGACGACUGCAUCGCAGGAACCGCCUAUUGGGCUACAAAACCCCCUCGGGAGCCCUUCGCGGAAACUACCCAUGUUUUCUAUGCCUGAAGAGCCAGUCAAAGAGUUAGAUAUGUUCGCAACGUAG